GCUUGUCCGUUUUCACUCUCUUUGGCAGGAUCAACAGCUGGGUGGAACUCCGACAGAAAAAAAGUUGCUUCAAUGACAGUUUCUGCAGUGAUGGCAGUCUAACUGUGAAAAAAUCCCAACUGUAGUUUAAAGUGUUUAUCUCCCCAGCUGUAACAUGGACUUCAACGUGAAGCGGUUAGCCGCAGACGCCGGUACUUUCCUCAGUCGUGCCGUGCAGUUCACAGAGGAGAAACUAGGUCAGGCUGAGAAGACAGAGCUGGACGCUCAUUUGGAAAACCUUCUGGUUAGAGCUGAAAACACAAAGCAAUGGACGGAGAGGAUCAUGAAGCAGACAGAAGUCUUAUUACAACCAAACCCAAAUGUCCGGCUAGAAGAGUUUGUGUACGAGAAACUGGAGAAAAAAGCCCCAACACGGAUGAACAACCACGAGCUGCUGGGACAGUCCAUGAUCGAAUCAGGGAAUGAAUUUGGUCCAGGAACUGCGUAUGGAAACGCUCUGAUAAAAUGUGGGGAGACGCAGAAGCAGAUCGGAGGGGCAGAGCGAGAGUUAAUCCAAUGCUCUGCUAUCAACUUCCUGACACCUUUCAGGAACUUUCUGGAAGGAGACUUUAAAACCAUCCAGAAAGAACGGAAGCUGCUGCAGGUCAAACGUUUGGAUCUGGAUGCUGCAAAAACUCGGCUAAAGAAAGCAAGGAUGUCGGACGCUAGGGUUGCAGCAGAGCAGGAGUUAAGGAUGACCCAGAGUGAGUUUGACCGCCAGGCAGAGAUCACCAGACUGCUGCUGGAGGGAGUCAGCAGCACACAUGGAGAAAAGCUGUUUAAAGUGGCCGUCCCAGUUCCCAAAGCGAGCAAUCCCAGAAUGCAUUGCUCACCAUCUUCGCUGUCUGAACGACUUUGUGGAAGCCCAGACGACGUACUAUGCCCAGUGUUACCAGUACAUGGUGGACCUCCAGAAACAGCUGGGCAGUUUCCCCUCCUCGUUCUCCAACAACAAUCAGUCAUCUGUGUCAGGUGGAGCCAGCAUCUCCGUUCCCACCAUCCCAGUGUCAGCCUCUCUGCCCAGCGUCUCUGCAGGCCGCAGCAGCUCUACAGGAGCGUCCGGAGGAUUCAACGAGCUGAGGAGCUCCAACGGCAGCCGCAAAGCUCGGGUUCUUUACGACUAUGAUGCAGCAAGCAGCAGUGAGCUUUCUCUGCUGGCUGAUGAGGUGAUCACAGUGAGCAGUGUCGCUGGUAUGGACUCAGACUGGCUGAUGGGAGAGAGAGGAAGCCAGAAAGGAAAAGUUCCCAUCACUUACCUGGAGCUGCUCAACUGAAGAUCUCUCUCACCUCCUCACCAAUGUCCUCCCCCCUCCCUCUGCCCCCCCUGCCGUGAUCUCAUAUUUAUAUUAUGUUGCAGGGACAGACCUCAGUUUCUGCUAAAUGCAGUCAUUUCAGUAUACAUUUACAUCCAUUAAGUUUAGCAAACUCAAGUUGGAUGGAGGGGACAUGAACCCCCCAUCCCUGACUCCAUCCCCCUUGUGAAUCUACAUUACAUUUCUAAAACCCGCUUCACGCCUUCAUGCAUCUGUGUUUGAUGCCAUAUAAUCUGCCAUAUGUGCCAGAACAUCUCCCAAACUGUAACUUUUAUAAAAUAUGUUUGUUUACAACAUUUCUGUCAGACGCUGAGCUGAAUGCUUCACUGUGACUUUAAUGAUAAACAUGUUUUUUAUGCAGGCAUGCUCUUCAGUAUGAAGUGAUACUGAUGCUGAUUAUUUUAUUUGAUGAUAUUGUGGUGUAGCAGCUGUUUAUUUUAUCUCUAAUAUGAAUCUUUUAAACAGUUUCUUAUGUAUUAGUGCCUCAGAUGUACUGGACUGUGUUCCAGUAUGUUUAUUAAAUGAUGAUUCAAUUCAGACAAGUGCCUCCUAAAUCUACAGCAGCAGUAUUGAGACAGUCUAUUCAGUCUCCUCUUUAGUAUUGACCCCUGAUACUUCUUUCCAAGUUAUUGGAAACAAUCAGAAACCAGCAGGAAGUUAUGAACCAACACUCUUUUAUGUUUGCUUAACAUCUGUAUUCAGGAAAGAAUGAAAACCUUAAAGUAAAAAUAUUUACUUUUUAAGUCAUCUCAAUAAUUUCCCCCUUAAACUUGCAUUUCAGCUCAUUUAAAACAAUUUUGUUACAUUCUGGGAGAUAAAAUUUUAUUAUUUCAUGGCUGCUUUUUGUUUCGUUUGUAACUGAAAACAAAAAAAUGUAAAAUAAAUAUACAUUAUGAUGCAUUAAA